ACAUGACGUGACAGCUCAGCCCAAGAUUCCAAUCAGUGUAACGCGUGGUUGGAAUCUAAAACCCGCUGGAUUCCAAUUUCCAAGAAUCGAGGAAAGAUCCCGUCAUUGCUGUGCGAUAGUGACGGCAAAUCUGACUUUACGAAGUACCUCCAAAUUAUUAAUCCCAAACCCAGAUCAAUCAAACACUGGUAUGAAUCUCCAAGCAGAGAGAAUCAGCCAUUAAUGCACUCCAUAUAUUCGACAAAAGGUCUACUCCAGCUCCUCGUUAUUGUACGAACUCCUAAUCACUCAGUUAUUGAAAAAAGUAGCAGAAAAAAUCGAGUCCUUUUGUAUUUCUGCAAAUAGUUUACUAGAGAAUGGAGGUAUAUAGCUCCCACUCGAAGAAGAUGAGUUCAUUCAUAGAGAGUUAGUAACAUUUCUUGUUGGAAUUUCGUCGAACAGGAAACAGGUAUCGGAGAAAUUGAAAUCCCUUCUCUUUUUGGAGUAAAAAUUCGAAUUUGUAGUCUUUAUUUAUUUUAUUUAAUUGUGUUAGAGUAUACGUGUAAAUUUAGGCCAAAUUCGGGGGAAAUGGAUGGGAGAUUUAAUAAAUUAGGGCUAGAAAUUGGGGGAAAUGGAUGGGAGAUUUAAUCUGUAUAUAUGAUAUCUACGAUAUUAGGAUAUUAAAGCUAGAAAUUGGGGGAAAUGGGAGAUUUACUGUGUGAGUAUGGUUGCUAGGCCAUUUCGUGAAGAAAUUGUGAAUAUUGCUUAGAAAUCUUUGUUUCAUAGAUGGAAGGUACCGUGGAACUGGAUUCCGACUACCCCUCGAGCUGCAAUGUCGAGCUGAUGAACUACGAGGAACGCGAUGAAUGGUCAAUCAGCUUUAGUAACUUAUCAGAUCAUAUAUUUCCCUCCACAAAUUUAUCACCCUUCGAUGAAGUGAACUCGAUGGAAAGAGGCUACGAUGACAAGGUGUCGUUUGAAGGUGAUGCGAUGGCGUUGCAAGAGAUGGACAUGGAUGGCGUCAAUUAUCCGAACGGGAAGAAACGUUAUGUGGAGAGAAGUGUGAUAUCAAGGCCUCUUGGGCCAUCUCUGGAUGAGAAGCUGCUGAAAGCAUUGCAUCUCUGCAUACGUUCGUUCAGAGGGGGUGCUCUGGCCCAGGUGUGGGUCCCACUGAGAAAUGGCGACGAAUGCAUCCUGAGCACGGCUGGACAGCCAUAUUUACACGAUGGGCGACUGUCUGAGUAUCGCGAGAUAUCCAGACUCUUUUCUUUUGCUGCUGAGCCUGGAGCGAGCUCUCUUCUCGGGCUUCCCGGCCGUGUCUUCACCUCAAAGGCGCCGGAGUGGACUUCGAAUCUGAUGUACUACAAUAAAGCUGAGUACUUGAGGGUGCAACACGCGGUUCAUCACAAAGUUCGUGGAUCUAUUGCUUUACCCGUGUUUGAGGAUUGUUCAGAUGAAAGAUCUUGUUGUGCCGUUCUUGAAAUCGUUACUACUGAGGAGAAAUCCAAUUUUGAUUCUGAGAUGGAAUAUGUAUCUCGUGCUUUACAGGCCGUGGAUUUAAGCAGCAGACAAUCGUCACGUCUUUCUCCGCAGAGUCUUUCGAGUAAUCAAAGGGCGGCAUUGGCUGAAAUCAAGGACAUCUUGUUUGCCAUUUGUCGUUCUCAUCGCUUGCCACUCGCCUUAACAUGGAUCCCUAAUGAGACAGCUCAAGUGCUCUUCCUCGAGGAAUCAACCUGCUACUCGACCGACGAGCGUAUGGAGGGAUUCGUGCAUGCUUGCACGAAUCACUUCCUCGAAGAAGGAAAAGGUCUAGUUGGAAAAGCUCUCAAAUCGAACAGACCAUUUUUCUACCCCGAUGUGAAGGAGUUUCAUGUAAGUGAAUAUCCGCUAGUUCAUCACGCUCGAAAACUAGGCCUUAGUGCUGCUGUUGCUAUCAGGCUAAGAAGUAGUUACACCGCUGAAGACGACUAUGUCGUAGAGUUCUUUCUUCCGGUAGACACAAAAGGGGAUAAUGAGAAGCUUCUCUUGGUUAGAAGCCUCUUGGCUAAUGUCGAGACGAUCUGCACUAGUCUAAGUAAAGUUUCAGAAUUAGUCGAGGAAACGAAGCCUGAGCAGCUGGUUAUAAACGACGAGUUACACUCCACCAAAAGAUAUUCUAAACAGACGGAGAAGAAACGAAAUACGAGUGAGAAGAACAUCAGCUUGAAUGUUCUUCAGAAAUACUUCUCUGAAAACCUUAAACAUGCUGCAAGUAGCCUUGGUGUGUGUCCUACAACUCUCAAAAGGAUAUGUAGGCAACAUGGAAUCGCUCGGUGGCCUUUCCGCAAAAUAAAAAAGGUCGAUCGGUCUUUGAAGAAGAUACGAGGCAUGCUUGAAUCUGUUCCAGGUGUAGAUCUCGACUGUGGUAGAAAUCUUUUGCUGACCGGUCGAACUAGUUUGUCCGCACAAUCAGAUGUCGUCGUCGAAACCACAGCAGGCUGUGUAGUCAUUGAUGUGGAAAGGGAAGAAGAAUGUCUUGUAGAUAUGGAAGAUGUAUUAAACUGCGAUGGAUCCAAGUUGGCUGUAUUAGACAUGAGUCCGUCAUGGCCGGCUAGUUUGAACACGAUGCCUUGGAUGACUCCAUCAAUGGAUCCACACGAUCCGUUCCUUCCCCAAGCUCGGAACAGUGGCUGGAAAGCAUGCUCCAGUGAUGAGAUUAACAAGAAGCAGGCAUCGUCGGACGUGACUAACUCGCUGUACGUCUCUGAAUCUGUGCCGAUGAUGAACGUCAGUUCAUCAAGCUCUGGUAGUCUUGAUGAAACUACAAAUGUGAGGAGAGAUUCUGCCAUAAUCACGGUGAAAGCUACUGAUGGAGAAAACACGGUGAGAUUCAAGUUCGAGCCGUCGGCAGGGUGCUUUGAACUGUAUUCGGAGGUGGCGAAGAGGUUCGAACUUGGGACGGGGGAGUUCCAGCUCAGGUAUCUUGACGACGACGAGGAAUGGGUGUUGCUGGUAAGUGAUUCGGAUCUGGUUGAAUGUGUUGAGGUGUUGGAGUUGCUUCACACUCGUACGGUGAAGUUUCGUGUAAGUCGGGUCGAGGAACUGAGGUACAAAAUAUAGUUUUUUUUAUAGAUUAUCCAACAUCUGUAAUCUAUAGCUCAUACUCAUCCACGCUAGGAUCGUGUUUGAUAAAAUACAACAAUAAAAUGAAUCCAAACUUGUUACCAUA